ACGUGCGACAGUUUGUCACUUCUGCACCGUACGUGAGGGUUCGCAUGCCCUCGGCUCGAAGGAAGGGGCAGGCUGUGCUCGGUUUUUCUCCCGAAAUAUAAACGAUUUCAAACUUAAUGUGUGUCGAGCGAUGAGGACUGUGCUCUGCAGCCAUCAUGGAGAAGUAGGAGGAGGUCCGGGCUUCAUUUUGGCCGUCUGACCUCGCGCGGACUGUGCAGAAGUUGUCGUGAGCUAAAAAGGCCCAGCUGGGGUUUUUUGUGUGCCACAUCUUUGAACACGGAGCGGAUUUGUGACGCGAGGAAAGAUGAUUUUUAGGAAGAUUCACUCAGGGAGCUGCAGAGCAUGGCUGUCCCGGGUUUCCCUGAGGCAGGAGCUGUGUUUCUUUUCGUCCGUGCCCCCACAGCCGGUUCCUCCUCUGGCCCAAACCCUGCAGGGCUACUUGAGGGCGCUGGAGCCCCUGCUGCCCCCCGAGGAGUUGAGCCACACCCGCAGGAUGGUGCACGAUUUUGGCCGGCCGGGCGGGCUGGGUCCACAGCUGCAGGAGGGUCUGGAGAAGAGAGCCAGACUCAACAAGAACUGGAUCUCGGACUGGUGGGUGCAGCGGGCGUACUUGGAGAGCAGACAGCCUCUGCCCGUGCACUCGAACGCGGCUAUCUCUCUGCCCCGCAGAGAUUUUAAUGACUGGAGGAGCCAGCUGGUGUUUGCGUCCAGACUGAUAGCAGCCGUUCUGGACUUCAAGGCCAAAAUAAACACCGGGCAGCUGCAGGUCGAGUUCAUGCGAGGGAAGCCCCUGUGCAAGGAGCUCUACCCCCUCCUCUUCUCCUCCUGCAGGAUCCCCGGCCCCAAACACGACUACAUUGCUCAUUACGGCCGCUCCCGCCGCUCGCCGACGCACAUCACUGUCGUCAGGAACUACCAGUUCUUCCAGCUGGAGGUUUAUAACAGCGAUGGCUCGCGGAUGACCGAGAGUCAGAUCCAUGGGCAGCUGCUCAGGAUCAGGUCUCAGUCUUGGAAGACUGACAAGGAGCCGAUGGGCAUCCUGACCAGCGAGCACCGCCACACAUGGGGAGAGGCCUACAACCGCCUGCUGAGAGAUAAACUGAACCAGGAAUCGGUGCGGAUGAUAGAGACGGGACUUUUCUCCUUGUGUCUGGAUUCUCCAGUCAUGAGGAUAUCAGAUGAGAAGUAUGCGAGCCGCAAGGCCGCGCAGGUCCUUCAUGGCGGCGGGACGUUCUCCAACAGCGGAAACCGCUGGUUUGACAAAACGCUUCAGUUCGUGGUGGGCGAGGAUGGCUCGUGGGGUCUUCUGUAUGAGCAAGCCACGGCCGAGGGUCCACCUGUAGCGACGCUGCUGGAUCAUGUGAUCGAGUACUGUGAGAAACCGGACCCAAAGAGGGCGCCGUUGCUCCCGCUACCCAUGCCCAAGAAGCUUUACUUUCACAUAGACCGAGAAAUCAAGAGGGACAUCGAGCACGCCAAGCAGAACCUCGACAUCCUGAUCAACGACCUCGACGUUAAUGUGUUCAAUUUCAAGAAGUUUGGCAAGAAUCUUCCAAAGCAGCACCAGAUGAGCCCAAACUCCUUUAUCCAGGUCGCCCUGCAGCUCGCCUACUACAGAGUUCACAGUGAAGUCUGUCCUGCCUGCGAUAUCGCCACUCAGAGGAUGUUUAGAGGAGGAAGGACAGAGUACAUCCGCUCACCCACUAAGCAGGGGCUCCAGUUCAUUCUUGCAUUUGAUAAUCCGUCCGUAUCGCGGGAAGCAAAGCAGGAGCUGUUCAGAGAAGCUGUUGAUGCCUACUCGGGUCUGACUGAAGCGGCACUUAAUGGACACGGCAUUGACCGCCACCUGCUGGGGCUCAAGCUGCAGGCCAUCGAGGAGGGCAUGAGCAUUCCCAAAAUCUUCAUGGACACGGCUUACGGGCUAGCAACACACUUUAAACUCCGGACAGGACAGAUGCCUGCAAACAAUACGGACAGCGUGAUGUGUUUCGGGCCUCUCGUUCCUGACGGCUACGCCGUCUGUUACAACCCUCAGGCAGACCACAUCCACUUCUCCAUCACGGCCUUUAACUGCUGCGAGGACACUAACGCAGAGAGACUCGCUCGCACUUUGAGGGACACCAUGUGUCAUCUGCAGGAGAUGCUGCAGCCUACUGUGUAGAGCUGCUGCUACAGCAUCCAGCAGCGCGAUUUCGAACAUUGUUUCUAAAGAAUAUUUUGUACGACUUUUGUAGGGGUGCUUUUUUUUUUUUGUUUGUUUUGUUUUGUUAUGCAUGCCACUCGUAACACUUCACUCGAGCAUUUAAUUGUGUGAGAGCCUGGAAAAGACCUAUGCAGCUUUUGUUGCUUCUUUAAAGUUUGGGUGAAGCAAUAAAUCUUUUUCUAAGCUGUCAAAUUUGCAUCGUCAUCGUUGCAUUUCGAAGCAUCGAAUUCCACAGCGUCUCUCGGUGAAAGCGAAACAACUCAAUGUGACACUCCAGCAUUAAUCAGAAAAAGUCUACGCGUGCACUCCUUUGUACAACUUGUGAGAUGACCUGUGUCCUUCAACCUUUCAUAUUUCACUUUGUCAUCAGAAUUAAUGGGAAAUGUUGGAUUUUUUUCUAGGUGAAAAAGGGGUUUGAAUGGACAAAAGGAGAGGAAUUAUUGAGGGUGAUGUGGUGUUUUUGUGUCUGAACUCGAACGACCUGAUCGUCAGAUGAAUUUUGAUUAAGGAUAAUUUUUUUUGUUUGUUUGUUUAUUUGGAGGAUCUUGUUCUGCACUCAGCCUGCAGGACUGGUUAAUAAAGCCUGUGCUCACAUGA